GCUGUUUCCAUCUCAUAUUUGGAGAGAGACUCGCUGUUUACUUGUCCUCCUCUGGGACUCAAGGGUCAGCUCGAGCUACUGAUCAACUUUCACAUUCCACCCUCACUCCCUCUAGUGUGGGACACACAUACUGUGGGACAAACACGCAGCACCAGAAAAAAGUAUUUCUUCUUCUUCUUCUUCUUCUUCGAGAGAGAGAAAAGCUGAAGGAUGAGUCGUCGUGUGGCAGUGAUCGGAGGAGGCAGCUCGGGUCUGACCGCCAUCAAGUGCUGCCUGGACGAGGGGCUCGAGCCUGUGUGCUAUGAGAGCAGCGAGGACAUCGGGGGUCUCUGGAGGUUCAAGGAGAAUCCGGAGGCGGACAGGGCCAGUAUCUACCACUCUGUCAUCAUCAACACCUCCAAGGAGAUGAUGUGUUUCAGUGACUUUCCGAUCCCUGCACACUACCCAAACUACAUGCACAACUCGCUCAUCAUGAACUACUUUCGGAUGUAUGCUGAUCACUUCCAGCUCACCAAGCACAUACGCUUCAAUACCCGAGUCUUGAUGGUGAAGCAGCGAUCCGAUUUUUCUCACUCAGGCCAGUGGGAUGUUGAGAUAGAGACCAAGGACGGCAAAAGAGAGAAACACAUUUUUGAUGCUGUGAUGAUCUGUAUUGGACAUCACUGCCACCCCAACCUGCCUCUCCAAGACUUCCCAGGCAUUGAAACUUUCAAGGGAAAGUAUUUCCACAGUCGAGACUACAAGAGUUCAGAGGAGUGGAGGAAUAAAAAGGUGAUAGUGGUUGGAAUAGGAAACUCUGGCGGAGACAUAGCAGUGGAGCUGAGCAGAGUCAGCAAACAGGUUUACCUGAGCACUCGAAGAGGAGCCUGGAUUCUGAACAGAGUUUGGGACAAUGGCCUACCCCUUGAUUUGUUCUUUAAUAGGGUGUCGAGAACUUUACAGAACAUUCUUCCCAACAGUGUUGUGUGUGGUCUGGGAGAGAGGAGGCUCAACAAAAGAUUUGAUCACAGUCUGUACAAUCUGAAGCCAAAGCACAGGUUGAGGAGCCAACAUCCCACAGUGAAUGAUGAGCUUCCCAACCGCAUCCUGUCUGGAACGGUUCAGGUGAAACCCAACAUCAGCCGAUUUCGAGGAUCCAGUGUGGAGUUUGACGAUGGGAGCAUAGUGGAAGACGUUGACCUGGUGGUGUUUGCCACAGGUUACAGCUUUUCCUUUCCGUUCCUGGCCUCACUUGUGGUCUCGGUGUCUGAGAACAAAGCAUCUCUCUACAAGUAUGUGUUUCCCCCUGAGUUGGACCGUCCCACACUGGCCAUCAUUGGUCUGAUACAGCCACUGGGAGCCAUCAUGCCCAUCUCUGAGAUGCAGUGCAGAUGGGCCACACGUGUCUUUAAAGGUUGCGUCAAGCUUCCCUCAGUGGCAGCCAUGCUAAAAGAUGUCCAGUGCAAACAGGACUCCAUGGCCAAAAGGUAUGUGGCCAGUCAGAGACACACCAUCCAGGUAGACUACGUCACUUACAUGGAUGAGAUCGCAGAACAGGUUGGGGUUCGGCCAAACUUCCUAAAGAUACUGCUGACUGAUCCCAGGCUGGGACUAAACGUGUUGCUCGGCCCUUGCUCGCCGUACCAGUAUCGUCUCAGAGGGCCAGGAAAGUGGGCCGGGGCCCGUGAGGCCAUCCUCACUCAGUGGGAGAGAGUGGUUAAGCCCAUGCAGACCAGACCUUGUGAUGAUCACAACCCCAGGAGGUCAUACAAGGGGCUUCUGAUUCUGUCAGCUGCUGCUGUGGGCUUGGCUGCGUACAUUCACAGGAACAACCCUGCUUUCCUACAAGAUCCCACUGCACUGCUGGACCAGAUUAAAGCGUACCUGCCUGUACAGUGAUGUGAAAUUUCAUACUGAUUCCUUUUCGGCUCGGAUCACUUUUUACACAUUUGUUCAUCCAAUUUUUUUACACAUGUUUCUUACAAUUCACAUAUGAUUAGAUACUGGUGGCAGGUGUCUCUAACGGUUUCUAGUGUGGCUCCCACUUUGUAUUUCAAAUAAAAACAAACCUAAAAAGCUACUGUCUGAAUAUAGACACAAGGAAUCAAGGAAUCCCCCUUUCCAUUGGGCCAUUAGAGCCUGAGAGAAAAGUAAAUAAACCCGACCCAAACUUGACGCCGUUAAUGUGAGCUGUGUUAACCUGCCCUUCACACAUGUGAGUAUUGCUUGUUUUCCCCAAUUACAUGUGCAGUGUAAAAAAAUCAGUCCAGCCAAUGUGACUGACCCAAACCCGAAUAUUGGGUUCUGAUGGGUCCCGACAGGUCUUGACAGACUCCGGUCGGGGGUCCACACUAUAUGGACCAUCCAAAAAAAGAGAAAAAAAACAAUUCACCUUCUUAUUUUUCUAUGUCAUAUCUAUUCAAUAAUGCCACUACAUUUCAGCAGCAAAGGGCAGCUGAUGAUAUACUAUGCUAAAAGCUAUCCUUCAUCAUAACACAUUAUGUAAUUGCUACAAUCACAAUCUGGGUGGCUGUGGCUCAGGGGUCUGAGCGGUUGUCCUCUAACCAGAAGGUUGGCAGUUUGACCAGAUUGCCCCUUCUCAUAGAGAAAAGUGAUGCACUGUAUGGAUCUGAAUGUAUAACUACUGUAAAGUGCUUUGAGUGGUCAUCAAGACUAGAGAAGCGCUUUACCUUCUGAUUUUCUUGGCAAAGCUGUGUACUCGUACUGCUAAUCUCUGACUCAUAUUCAAACACAGUGUAUGAACAUGUGUUUUUUCUGAGUGUGAGUUUUUUUGGGGUUGACUUAGUAAAAAACUAAGAUUUCCAUAAUUAUGUUUUUGAAUGAAUUAAUAAAAAUAUAUUUUCAAAAUUACAAAAGCUGUAACUUUUCAUCUUUUGAUAACUUUGUUUGAUUCUUUUAUGCAAAUAAAAUGACGAUUUUGCCCCCAGAGAA